AUUUCUAAUAAGAAAAAGAGAAGGCCUACCUCCUGUUUCUGCCUUCAGGAAACAACAUACAAGUAGCUUUUCUCCUGUACUGUCUUUCCCCAUCUCCUUUUAGUCCACUUUGGAGCAAAUGAAGCUUGCCAUGCCAGUGGUUUCUCUUUUGCUGCUGCUGCUCCUAGCCACCACAACUCAAGGGAUCAGAUUGGAUGAAGAGUCCUUGGCUGCAUUCCACAAUAAUAUCCAUGAGAAGAGGAGUUCCAUGGGAGGAGUGAAUAAAGUUGGAGUGGCACCUUCUGGAAUUAAUGGUCGUUCCUCAGGGAGGAGUAGAAAACUCAUGAAAAAGAGAAUGGUCGCACUAAAGAAUGAGAGGAGCAAGGAGACUGUGUUUGACGCCGCACAAAGCCAUCAUAAUUCCAAGGAAGACUUCGGUGGGAGUACUGGAGAGCACGUCCAUGUGGAGCCGCCUGCAGUCUCGCGGAGCGACCCCGACAUUCUAGAGAUAGCAGGAAUGGAUUAUUCUCCUGCAAAGAGAGAGCCUCCAAUCCACAACUGAGAUGCUAAAAGCCACAAAAUAAAACAAACAGCUUGGAACGAGGGAAUAACACUAGAGGCUGGACAGCGUUACCGGAAAUGCUGCACUUUUCUUGGGCAGGGCCCCAUUUUUGUAGAUACUACUUUAAUGCUAUCAACUCAUAUAUUACCUACUUCAUAAUUGAGCA